AUGAGUGCAUAUCGACAAAUUCGUUUAGUUUUAUGGAAAAACUUCACCAUUCGACGAAGGCGAUGGCCUCGUGCAAUCUUUGAAUUAAUUUGGCCGUUAUUUUUAUUUCUUAUUCUUAUGUGGAUACGUGCACGAAAUUUAGUAUUUUAUUAUGAUGCUUGCCAUAACGACGUAAAAUACCUUGGAUCAACUGGUUUUUUACCAGCAUUACAAACAUAUAUUUGUCGAUGGAACAAUACAUGUCAUAAUUAUACCAAUCCAAAUGGAGCUAUUGUAGCAAAUAUAACAAUAAAUGAUUUUAAUCAAUCAAUACCAAUAACAAUUAUGACUAUACUUUUUUCAAAUCCUGUUAAUGUAUCUAAUCUUCAUCAACCAUGGUUCAUUAAUAGAACUAAUUCAUUAUCGAAUAUAAAUGUUGCUGCUGAAAUAUUUUUUGCAUCUUUACAAACAAAUUAUGCUUACUCUUAUCAAUCAGACACAAAUAUAAAACAAUCAUUUUGUAUUGAUGGACAAUUUAAUCAAACAUUUUUAAUUCAUGAAAUACAAUCGAUUGAAGCAAAUGAUUUUUUAUGUAAUAAUCUAUCAACAAUUGAUUUAAAAAAUUUUUUAAUUACUGUACAACAACAACUUGAUAAACAAUUUUUAAUUAAUCUGGAAUCGUAUAUACAGAGUACUGUUCUUAAUGUUGUACAGAUGAUACAAAUCAUUCAAAGCAUAGCAUCUCAAUUAGAUUUAUUCAAUAAUGGAUUUUCACUUACAGAAAUUAACGCUAGUUUAAGUUUAGCAUUAUUAUGUGGUGGACGUAAUGAUCUUACAAUUUUUUUUCCUUCAACUUCAUCUGGAAAUAAUAGUUCAUUGAAUAAUUCAACAACAAAAGAUAGUCGUUCAGAAGAAGCUUCAUCAAAAGCUGAUGCAACCAUUAAUAUUGAUUGGAAUAAUUUAGCAUUAAAGUUACUUAAUUAUAAGGCAUCCGAUAUUUGUCAACAAUCAUAUCAAGUUGGUUCUGGUAAUGCUAAAAACAAUGUGUCCGUUAAUCGAGCAUGUCGUUGUGUUUUAUUUAAUGAAGUAUUUAAUUCCAAUGAACAAUUAGAACUACUUAAUCAUGUUAUACGUCCAUUACUAUAUGGAAAAAUAUAUUAUUAUCCAUCAAAUAUUUAUUAUGAUAAUUUAAUCAAACAAAUUAAUCAAACAUUUGAAUCAUUAGAUGAAUUAGUAAAAUUAUUUCGUCAAAUACAAUCAACUAUACAAAUAACAUAUCAAAAUUUUUUAAUAAUAUGUAAUUUAGCAUCGAAUUCAUUUAGUAUUUGUCAACAAUUAAAUUUUGAUACAACACCAUUAUCUUUAUUUACAAUAUUAACAGAAUUUAUAGCUUGUGCAGAUAGAAAUCGUUUUGUUCCAAUGACAAGUGAAUCAAAUAUGAUAGAAGAAGGACAAAGUAAUGCAUUAACAGAUAGAUUUCUAGCUGGAAUUGUAUUUCUUAAUAAAAUAUCAAAUAAUGAUGGUUUACCAAAACAUAUUCAAUAUAAAAUACGAAUGACACUUGAUAAGGUUGAUACUACAAUGCAAACUCGUGAUGAUUAUUUUGCAUAUUCACCUCGUCAUUCGGUACCAUUAAAAACAAAAUAUCAUACUUAUACAUUUAUUUAUUUACAAAAUGCUCUUGAUCGUGCUAUUAUUCAUGCACAAACAGGAUUAAAUCUAUCAUAUGGUGUACAAACACAACAAAUGCCUUAUCCAUGUUGGAUGGAUGAUACAUUUGCUAAAAUACUUAGACAAAUGUUACCAUUAUUUAUGGUAUUAAGUUGGAUAUUUACUGUAUCAAUGACUGUUAAGGAUAUUGUUUAUGAAAAAGAAAAACGAUUAAAAGAAAUAAUGAGAAUUAUGGGUUUAUAUGAUUCUGUUCAUUGGUUUACAUGGUUUAUUUUAUGUGCUCUUAUUAUGGUAAUACCAGCUACAUUACUUGCCAUUAUUCUCAAAUUUGGAAAAAUAACUCAAUUUUCAAAUUUUCUUAUAAUAUUUAUUCUCUUUAUUUGUUAUACAUUGGCAACAAUCAAUCAAUGUUUUUUUAUAAGUGUUUUUUUCAAUCGAGCUAAUUUAGCUGCUUGUGGUGCCGGAAUUAUUUAUUUUGUUCUUUAUUUACCUUAUAUACUUUUAAUUAAUUUUGGUAGUCAAACAUUAAUAUGGCAUAAAAUGAUUGCAUGUCUAUCAUCAACAGUUGCAUUUGGACUUGGUUGUGAUUAUAUAAUUCGAUUUGAAGGUAUGGCUCAAGGUAUUCAAUGGAGCAAUAUAAAAAAAGGUGCACAACCAAAUGAUAAUUUUUCAUUUCUCUAUUGUAUGAUUAUGAUGAUUGUCGAUUCCAUUCUUUAUAUGUUAUUAACUAUUUACAUUGAAAAUGUAUUUCCCGGUGAAUAUGGUAUUCCUCAACCAUGGUAUUAUCCAUUGACAAAAACAUAUUGGUUUGGUUAUGAUGUUAAAAAGAAUCGUCAACGUACAAAUGAAAUCAAUCAAAAUCAAAUCAAUACAAAUACGAAUAUUGAAAGCAAUGAUAAUGAUAAUAUUCAUCAAGAAGAUAUUGGUGUUGAUAUACAAAAUUUAUCGAAAUAUUAUCGAAAUAAAAUAGCCUUAAAAAAUUUAUCUGUAAAAUUUUAUCGAAAUAUGAUAACAUCAUUUCUUGGACGAAAUGGUGCUGGUAAAAGUACAACAUGGUCUAUAUUAACUGGUUUACUUCCACCAUCAAGUGGUACUGCAUUUAUUGAUGGUUAUAAUAUAAUAACUGAUAUUAAAAUUAUACGAAAACGAUUAGGUUUUGUACCACAAUAUAAUAUUUUAUUUGAUCGUUUAACAGUUAAAGAACAUUUAGAAUUUUUUUCGGCAUUAAAAGAUUCACCACCAAAAUUAAUUGAAGAUGAAACAAAAAAAAUGCUUGAAGAUUUAGGAUUAGAAAAUAAAUCAAAAAAUUAUUCAACUCAAUUAUCUGGUGGAAUGAAAAGAAAACUUUCGAUUGCUAUUGCAUUUAUCGGAAAUUCUACAACAGUUAUUUUAGAUGAACCAACAGCAGGUGUUGAUCCAUUCGCUCGACGAGCUAUAUGGGAUCUUAUACUUAAAUAUAAACUUGGUCGUACAAUUGUAUUAUCAACUCAUCAUCUUGAUGAAGCUGAAUUAUUGAGUGAUCGUUUAGCAAUAAUUUCAUCCGGUGAAUUAAAGUGUAUUGGUACAACAAUGGAUUUAAAACAUAAAUAUGGUGAAGGUUAUAAUUUAAUUGUUGAAUUAACAUCAAUAUCAGAUGAAAAUGAGCUUAGAAAACAACAACAGUUGGCAGUAAUUAUUCAUAUUUCUAAUUUUACGUAUUGUUAA